AUGUCCCGCAAGAUUGACUCAUCCGACGGUGGUGAUUCUGAGCAGUCUUGUCCUGCCGCUGCGUCGAUUCCCGACGAAGCCGGUCCGCUAGUCGCGUUAUCGGAGCUGGACUCGUGCGACCUUAUAUCGGGUCCGCACUCGGCGCACCGCCAACCGCGCCAGGCGCGCAAACGCGGCGACGACGGCAAAUUGCUCAUGUCGUGGCGCGUUCCGGAAUGGACGCUCCCGCCGCUGACGUCAGACCUGCGUCUCUCGUCACAGGAGCCGUUGGAGCAGCUGGAGUCGCGCACGCAGUGCCCCGGGUGUGGCAAGUCGCAACAUUACUUCUGCUUCAACUGCCUCCGGGCGUUCACCCCUCCGCACUCCACCCCGCGAGUGGCCCUCCCAUUCCACGCGCACAUGAUCUUCCAUCGCACGGAGCGAGCCAGCAUGAGCACGGGCGUGCAUGCUGCCGUGCUGGCGCCCGCGCACGUCACGCUGCACCGCUGGCCGGACGUGCAUGCGCGCCGCCUCCCCCAGUUCCAUGCGCGCGAUACGGUGGUGCUGUUCCCGAGUGCGAAGGCCAGGGAGGUGGGCGAGAUGAGCGCGGAGGAGCGGCGGAGAGUGAAGCGCGUGGUGCUGCUGGAAGGGAAGUGGAAGGGCGCAUCAGCGCUGCUCGCCCUCCCGCAGCUGGCGUCCCUGCCGCACGUGCGGCUGCCCAGCAGCAUCCGCUCGGCCUUCUGGCGCUACCACACGCGCGGUGUGGCCCCAGACGCUGUCAGCACCGUCGAGGCUCUGCUCUGGCUCUGCCGCUGCUGGCACGCAGGGAGCUAUGUGGGUAACUCGCAGGGUAUUGGGUGUGAGGUGGAGGGGAGGAUGGUAUGUGGAGGGGAUGAGCGGAGAGGGGAUGGGAGGGAGAAGGGGAGUGGAGGAGUGUGGGAGAAGGGGGAGCAGAUGGAGGAAGAGAGGGGGAGGGUGGAGAUGGAGGGGGGGGUGGGAGUGAGGUGCGGACAGGAGGGAGGUGGGGAGAGGCAAGGGAGGGCGUUGGAUGUCAAGGGGAGGGGAGAAGCAAAUGAUGAAGGAGAUGAGGGCAGGCAGAGGGACACUGCAGAAGAGAUUCCCGAUAGAACCAUGCCCGAUAGAGAUUCCCGGAAUGGGGUUCAUGGGGAAGCAGCCACUCUCCAGAGGGUGGCCAAUGGCGGUGCAGAAGAGCCCAUGGGUGGAGAAGAGCCGGCAGCAAGCUUGCAGGAGCAGGGUGAGUGUAGUGCGAUGAGGGGGGCACACGCAAGUGACUGCCACUGCUUUGACGACUUGCUCUGGUUCUUUGCUCAUUAUCACCGCCGCAUCAUGCAUGAAGGAUCUGACCUCUUUACUUGA